GUCGGUGUAGGCAGCAAUGCCCAUCUCAUCUUUGUGCGCGGAGGCAGACGUCAUCAGAAAGGUGGACGGGCACAAUGUGCACGGCCCUAGGUCUUUCUAGAGGGAGCUGUACUGUCUCAGUAACCUGGUUUUGCCAUCAAAGGAGGAGGGGACAGGUGGUGACGAGCUGAUUGGGCUGGUUGACCCUUCGGCGCGAGCAUUUUUAGACCAAGAACCCUAAGUGCAACGAGGGAGAAAGCGAGGAACCGAAUGGGAAGGACAGCAACGAGAGUGUGCACGAAGCGGAGCGGAUCGAGUUUGGUCGUGCUAGGACUGGCCACAGCGGCGCCGGAGCAGCGGAACCGGAGCAGGCGGACGGCAUCGAACCGUGGCGCACGGGCAAACAUCUCUUGUGUUGUCAAAAUAUUUUUUCCGUUGUUUUCCUGAAUACAGGUGUUGGGUGUGUGUGACGACGUCACUGGUUUUGUAGAGAGACGCGGCAGAGAUGGCGCGGAUAACCCGGGUGCCUUNUGGAACGAUUCCUAGUCAGUGUCGAUGUUCACACUGCUGUGCCUAACACAGAUGACCUGGAUAGAUUCGGGUGAUUGUCAAUUGCAAUGAUGGCUUUGGUUGGGUGUUCUUCUUCAUUGCAUGUCCACGGACUCAUUCUGACAGCACUUCAGACAGCAGCUGCAUGCCCCGAGCUUGUGUACCAUACACCAUGGUGUUAUUAUUGUACAGACAUCCCUUCAGACAGCUGUACGCUGUAGUCGACAAACAUUCAUUUCGGUUAAAUGCGGGACAAGGGGGGUGAUGCUGCUGCUGUAGUCNCCUUCAGACAGCUGUACGCUGUAGUCGACAAACAUUCAUUUCGGUUAAAUGCGGGACAAGGGGGGUGAUGCUGCUGCUGUAUGUAGUCGAUUUGUAGUGUGUGGGCGUGUAGUUCAGUUGUGAGCAUUCAAACGUGCUGCAGGGAUUGCAGGUGUACCUCCUCGGGCUUGCGUACCCUUUUCUUGCUAAUAGUGUGUGUGUUCUUUAGAUCUUCUGAUGGCUCUAGCAUUUUUGUGACCACGGACCGAGUCUUACCUAGAUUUUGGUAUUAGCAACUGACACGAGUUGAAUGUGAAGAAAAACAACA